AUGAGGACAUCCCACACUGCUCUCCUUAUCUCCAUCCUUCUCUUAGCUUCAUUUUCAUCCCUCACUCACGGACUCAUACUUAACGGUCUCCCCAUCGGUGCUCUCAAAGUUAACGGCCUCCUGUUCUGUUCCCCUAACGGCAACCUCAUUGGAAACAGUCCUCCGUUAUCCGGUGCCAUUGUCCAGCUAUCGUGCGCCGGGUCUCAAACCAAUCUUGGCCAAGCUUUGACUAAUCCCGCCGGAGCCUUCACCGUCUCGGUGAAGAUUCUUGACACCCUCCUCUUUGAUCCUGCCACGUGCUUCAUCAGGGUUAAUCUCCCUAUUGCCACGUGUUCAGUUUUCCCGCCGGACGGUGCCCUCACCGCAUCCUUAAACCUAGUCAAUAUCGUUCAGACCGCUAUUCUCAACAUCGCAACUUUCACCACUGGCCCUUUCGUCAGCUCUAUCUUUUGA